UCGUAUGUCCUCCUGUGGUCUGAGCGUCUGUGUCACUGCCUGUGCUUUCAUGGGUUCAAUGGGCUGGUAUGCAGCAGGAAUCUUUGGAUCAAGGUGAUUUCACGCUCCCACACAUUUUCCCAGGCUGUUAAGCAUUCCCUUUUACCUUUGUGCGACUUGGAGAAGGUGAUAGCAGCUGACAUGUGUUGUCAUUAGACACACACACACACACACACAGAGACACACACUCCCAUACACACAUCGCGCACACACACACACACACACACCUUUUUUCUGAGGCAUUGGAUUAUCUCUGCGAUCACACACACACACACACCUUUUUUCUGAGGCAUUGGAUUAUCUCUGCGAUCUCAGGGUUUGACUUUAGAUAGCAUGGGUUUCACACCUUUGUUAGAGAUCAUUAUUGACACUAGGAAGUUCAUUUAAACUUCACAUGCAUAGCUGAGAGUGACUUUAUGCUCAGAGGAUGUGUGCUUUUCCCGAUGUGGGGUUUGUAACAUUUGAGCACGGAAGACAACAUAACUCUCUGUCCUCAAAGCCUACAUUACCCUGCGUGUUGUGAUGUGAUUGCAAAAAAAUUAUGAAUGAAACUGCUUACCUUCCGCUCCGUGCACAAUGUUAAUUUCCUGAAUGCUGCUGGAUUUAUAGAUUUGAUGAUGAUCAAAUAAUGCUGUUACACUCCUCAGAACGGCUACAGACAGUCCUGUAGCACAAAAUGUUUGACACAGUUCUAUACAAUACACAGUUAUGACAGAGUCCCAGAUGUUAACAACUCAAACUAUUACCGUUUAUUACAUUUGUAUGUCUUGAUAAACUCUUCACCUGUCAGAAUAAUCACUUGGAAGCAAAUAUACUAUUCAUUGUUACCAUUUCCCCUCUUUUCUGGGUCUGGAUUUGCCCCCCUGAGACAAUCCUCCAGCCUCGCAGGGUUAGCUGUGCUUCUCCAGUUUCAGGGAGGCCCACUGGACUCAUAGCACUUGGCUGAGAAUUAAAACCCUGCAUUGUUCUGUGCAUGCAUUGUUUUUCACUUUGAUCUGAAAGGGGAGGUGGGACCAACAGUGGUGUCUGUGGCACACUUUUUUUGUUUUUGCAUCUGUGAAUGGGUGGUUUACGAUAGUUUGUUUCAUUUUGUAUUAAAAUUACCCUUGAAUUAUGCAUUCACGAUUUGAUUAGAUGCUGUUUUGUUAUUGUCUACACUGAUUGUGUAUACUACUGAGAGAAUGUCGAGGCCUGAGAGGAGAAAUAUAGCCUAUAGGCACAUGCCAACAUUUUUGUGCGCCUUUAUACUCACCAAGUAAAUAUUUCAUUAAAGUAAGUAUGAUAUUCAACCUCUGACAACUGAAUGUUGUUAGUGUGAAAAAAGAACACAUAAGUGGACCUAGCAGACGCAGCCAGUCACUUUCACACCUGCUUCUGACAGACUGUAAGCUAGCCUAAACUGUAGCCUAUUUGGUGCUCAUGACAAGACACGUGAAGCAGAGCGCAUGAGCACGUGAGGUGGAAGUGAGCAAAAUGGCUUUUCGGAAAUUAUUAAAUGCUCACUGAGGGUUUGAGCUGCCCAAAAGAUUUGCCUGACGAAAGUCAAACUUUUGUUAAAAGGAUUGUACUCAGUGUUAAAAUGUGGAACGUUACAAACUUGACCAAAUAAAACGGGAAAUGCUCAGCGAAUAUAAGUUUAACAUUGUCAUUUGGAAUAUUGUAGGCUACAGGAAGCGAGAGAUGAACAAAGAGAUGUAGUCUCAUGCACAUUCGGCUAUUCCAAUCCAGAGGUAAAGAGGGAGAGAUAAAACUGUGGCCAGACAGAACAAGAAAUGUCGUCAGCCAUUGCCUACCAAGCGCGCAGCAGCAGAGAAUCCACUUGCGUCAUAGGCCUUUUGACUAGCCUACCCCAUUUACAUGCUUCAAAUGUAAUAAGAGAAAAGUGAGAGCGCGGUGGUAGGAAGAGAACGAGGGAGGGAGAGAGCGAGGAAAAAAGUUAGCAUAGAGAGGCAAGACAGUACUGGCGACUGCUGCAGUCUCACUAAUGUUUGCUAUAAAAGUAUUUUCCUCGAGUUUAUUUCUCCCCUCCCUCAUGUCAUCAUUAUUUUGAAGAUAAAUUGUCUUCGCAAAGGAGAGACCUGAACACAACAUGGAGCUCCUCUGCCUCGAGAAGGACACAGUCGUCAGAGCUCAGCAGGACCCAAACCUUUUCUUUGAUGACAGAGUAUUGCAAAGUCUGCUAACUAUUGAAGACAGGUUUCUACCCCAGUGUCCAUACUUUAAACACUUUCAGCAGGAUAUUAAGCCGUUUAUGAGGCGGAUGGUUGCCACUUGGAUGCUGGAGGUUUGUGAAGAAGAGAGCUGCGAGGAAGAAGUUUUCCCUUUGGCAAUCAACUAUUUGGAUAGAUAUUUAGCAGUGGUUAAGACGAAAAAGGGCUGUUUGCAGCUUCUUGGAGCUGUAUGCCUGUUUCUUGCAUCGAAAUUAAAAGAGUCUCGGCCAUUAACUGCAGAAAAACUCUGCCUCUACACAGACAAUUCAAUCACAUCACAAGAGCUCCUGGACUGGGAGCUGGUAGUGCUGGGGAAGUUGAAGUGGAACAUGGCAGCUGUCACCCCACACGACUUUAUCGAGCACAUCUUACACAAGCUGCCCCUCCCCGAGGACAAGCUGUCGCUCAUCCGGAAGCACGCACAAACCUUCAUCGCUCUCUGCGCGACAGAUUUCAGCUUUGCUAUGUACCCACCCUCCAUGAUCGCCACGGGCAGCGUGGGCGCUGCUGUCUGUGGCCUCCAGCUGGACCGGACCGACCGGAUGCUGCACGGCGACAACCUGUCCGAGUUGCUGGCCAAGAUCACUAACACGGAGGUGGACUGUCUGAAGUCCUGUCAGGAGCAGAUUGAGCAGCUGUUGCGGAGCAGCCUGCGGGAGAGCCAGGAGAGGCAGCAGCGUCAGCAGCAGGAGGCCCUUAACCGGGCAGCCAGCAAAGGUGUGGACCCCCAGAGUCAGUCCAGCACCCCCACAGACGUCCGCGACAUCAACCUCUGAGCCCCCCCUCCAGUUCUCUUCCCAUCCAGCAUUGCAAUCCAGCAGCUGGAGUGUUUUCUCCUAAUGAAAGAGAAUAGUUUUAAUUUAGGUUAUUUUAUUUUAUUUUAUUUUUUUAAAAACCCGCAUAAUAAGCCUGUGACUCACAAUAGCAGUGCAAGUAAUCAGAAUUUUGGAUAAGACAUCAAUUUCACAUAUAUACUUCUAUAUAUAUUUUUGAAUGAAAUCUGAAGACUUGAUUGCACCUCAGGUGAACAGACAGGAAAGCUACCGACGGCAUACUUGAAAUUACAUGGAAACUGUAUGAAAAGAGUCAAAUAUGAAAUAUGUAUAGCGACAAAAGAAAAUGGGGGCAAACAUUGGUGGGGUGUCCAAUGGGAAUAGAUUUUAUUUUAUUUCCAUAAUGUAUUGUGAAAACAAAUGUGUUAUGAUUAUGAUUGAUUAUUAUUACUAUUAGAAUUAUUAUUGCUAAUAUUAGAAUUAUUAUCAUUUAAUAUUAUUAUUAUUAUUAUUAUUAUUAUUAUUAUUAUUAUUAGCGCUAACAUAUAUUCUGAAGUAAUGUGAUGCAUGCAUUCAGCUAUGCAAAUGCCUUGGAGCAGCAUUUAUGAGCAGGCGUAUACAGCAACGAGGGCUCACCCAGCUGCAGAGCUGACUCUUAUUUAAGCUGUUUAGUGCUGGACAGGGGAGGGCUGGGCCCUCUCAGAUAAGAGAGGGAUAGAGAGCAAGUGUGAAAGAAAGAGGAGUGGGAGGCUAACUGGUGGAAAGGAACGAGAUGGUGUGAGAAAUGAGUAGUGGAGGAAGGUGGAUAGGUGACUAAACAGCCCUUACGUUAGGAUUGAAACAAUCAAUCUAUUUGUUUUAUAUAUAUACGAUUGAUUGAAUUUGAGUUAUUUUUUAUGUUUUUUUUUUCUCUUUCUCUGUGUAAUCAUAUUGUAGUGCCUGUGAUGGGUGUGCUACUCACAGGGGAUAUAUGCAAUUCGUACAGCUCUGUUAAUGUUUAGCGUACGCCCAGUGAUGUUGUGCUAUUGAAAUGAAGGCCUAUGCUAGGUUGGACGAGGGAAUGGGCAGGUGACUACACAGGCUCAAGAGUGGGAUAGAGGAUUGUGGCUUUGAUUGUGGCUUUGUUCUGGACAUCAGAACACUGAACUUGAAGAUGAUUGACAGGGUGUGAGCAUGUAAGCAUUUAAGGACUGAGAACGACUUCUUUUUCUUUUUUUCUUUUUUUUUUGAGGAGGAAGUAGGGUUCAUUUCCAGUCCUUGUUAGUUAUAUGAGGAUUAUUCAUUGUGUUUCAUGAACGCAGAUGAAUCAGAAGAACAGUAACCGAUAGCUGUGCGCUAGCUCCUGCAUAGUUUGGCUGCUGUUUUUUUUUUUUUUUUAAGUUUCUGUUUGUGGCAGUGAUUACGAGGGAACCAUAAUAAGUGUGCUGGAUCAUUUAUUCCCUAGUUUUCUUCAUGUUUGCAGUUGAUCCUUCAGUCACAGGCCAAAUGCGGAAAAUGUAUCAACACAAAUGCACUUUUAAAGAAAAAAAAAAAAAAAAAAACAACACAUUCCCUAAGGGGCCAAGGAAUAGUUUGAAUUUUAAAAAGGUUUUGGAGGGGUGUUUGUUUUUUUAUAUUUUCAUUAUUCUUUCUUUCUUUUAAAUUAUGCUCUUUUUCUGGGCUGGUAUCCCACCUAAGGCAUUCCCAGGCAGAGUAGAGUGCGGGUAAACCACAGCAUAGGUAUUCAAAUUUCUAGACCAAAAUCAAUUUUAGAACAAGCUUUCCUUGCGAUGUAUGUCUGUGUUGCGCAUUGUUCAUUGUUAAAAGUGUUCAUUGACUUGAAUGUUAGUUUUGCCUGCUUCUCAGCAGAUUUGACCAAUUUAAGGCUGACUUGUUGGCCACUUUCCCGCCUAUUUCUUCUUUUUUCCUCUGUGAAAUUGAGGCUUUGUCUACCAUAAAAAAAAUCCCUUUAUUUGAACAAUGUGGUUCAGUGGUGGCAUGCACUGCCUUACCUUUUCUAUGUGCGCUAUGUAAUCUUAAGUAAUACAAGGAAGGAAAAUCAAAAUACAGCUAGCUGCCAUUGCUUUAAAAGAACCAAGCGCGUGGACAUGCUUUUGUGUCGUCUUCACACUGCCAGCUCAGGUUGUGUCUUCCAUACAAAAGGGGCAUGCUUAUGUUUUUUUUUGUGUAUGUUUGUGUGUGUAUGUGGGUGUGUAAGUGUGUGUGUGUGUAUUUCUUCUGGACAUGUCGGUGUGUGUUAGCAUGCUCGUGCAGUUGAGUUCCAUGAUCAGUUGACCACAUGAUCAGCUGUAGUGUCUUUACUUUGCUUUGCUAAAGACCAAAGGCUAUGAGUGAAAAGUCUCUUGCUCUUCCUUUCUCUUUUGUAUUACUCUGUAUUGAUACUCUGUAUUUUGUAUUUAAUUUUCCUCCCUACGCUGCUAAAACUGAAAAGCUAUUCUUUGUCCAAUAACACACACAUACACUCACACAGACACCAACACGCACUCACACAUAUACACCGGCAUUUAACUUAACACAGGUAGACCUAAAUAUGUCCACAUACUCAGACACAUAACAUUUCCUACCUGUAAUAUUUCACUUUUAUGUGUGCUGCUAUUUUAUACAUAUAUGUAUAUAGUUUUUUUGUUUGUUUCUUUAGCUUUUAUUGGUUGCUGUCAGUGGAAGCAGAGAAGGUUUUAAGGGUGCGGAGCAGACCUUGACUGGAAGUGCUUUGCUCACGUGGCUUAUUGGAAGGAGGCAUGUUUCUUUUCUGCUCCUGCUGUCCCCUGCCGUCUUUGUCCUUCUUCCCUUCGGUCCUCACUGUGUCCAAGCGAGUGUUCCAGACACCACCGCUGGUCACAUGGACAUGAGAAAAAAAAAGACAAAACAAACAAAAAAAAACAACAAAAAAAACAAUGUUAGACAGAAGCUUAGAAUGCUUAGAAAGCUCUCUGUCGCCGCCAUACCUCACAAAUCUCAGUUGUUUGUUUCAUUUUUUUUUUAUUAUUUUGCUGAGAGCAGGGACUGUUGGGAAACCUCCAUUUCCCAGGUAAUUGUUCUAUGUUAGAGAGCAAUAGUCACUCACAUGUCAUGCUUCUAAUCAGGUUUGCAUCAAGAAUCAGUGUGGGUAGAGGGACCAGCACUGUCACCCCCCCUACUUCAACGAACCUGUACUGGCGGCAGAGGCUUGCUAGUCCUGUCUAUACUUUACCAGGUGCUAAGUGCGAGUCUGGGGCAACGGAAAUCAUAAUUAUUAUAUAUAUUAUAUUUUUUUAUUUUGGAUUUUUUUUCCUUCGUAAUUGGUUUCAGAGAACAGUGUUGGUUUCACCCUGAUCCCCCUCACCCCACCCCACCCCACCACCACUGUAAACAUCAUGUACCUCAAUAGUGUAUGUUCUCUGUUCAAUAAAAUUUUUCCAAAAAUCCAAAUUUUA